GUUGUCACAUACAAUUUUGGCGAAAUGGUAGAACAGGGUGCAAAAAUAGGUAGAAAUGGGUCGAGUUUAAAAUGAAAAAUAGGUAGAUCUACCACUCAAUUUCAAGUACAUUUUUAUGAUUAAAAAUGUGUAUAAAAUGUUUUAAAUUAUUUAUAAAUUUUUGAUAUUGUGACGUGUACACGUGUUUAUUAAAGAAAUUGAAACAAAAGUUAGGAUUUCCAUUGUUUGUAGGUAAUAAACCUGCUUGUACAAUCUGUUUCUUUGGCAAGCUUUCAUUAAAUCGAAUCGAAAUUCGGUAGAAAUUAAAUAAUGUUCCGUCACAUGUAUUGAGAAUUGCUUAAAAUUGUACCAUUUUGAAAAAUAGGUAGAUUUCAGGCCGAGGGAGGUAGAUAGGUAGAACGCAGGCAAAAUAGGUAGAUCUACCGAAAAGUUGGUAGAUGUGACAACACUGCUUGUCAGUACUCAGUCAGUAGUGUCAGUACAAACCAUGUACAAACAAAACAACAAAGAAAACGGUUGCAUUAAAAACAAUUUAUUUGAACUUUCAGUUAACUAAUGUUAAAUUUAAUCUAUUCAAAGUAAUAAAAUCAGUAUUCUUUGAGUGAGUGCUAAAGGAUGGCAUCACUUUUAAACUCUAGACUGCGCCCUCAAAACUGCUGUGAUGAGUGAGACCGACGAUACCGAUAUUCUUUUGCUUAUCCCGCCGAAUUUCUUUCUUGUGCCAAGUUCAGGCUCCGAAGGAUCGCUUCUAGAUUCCUCUAGAACUGUCGUGCACAAGCCUUCUUGCACUGCUCAAGUAUUGGGGAAACUCGUGAACCAAGUGCACUCUCUUGAAAAUAGGUUAGAAAGCUUAGAAUUAAGUACUAACGAGAGUAUUUCUAGUUUUGGAGGAAGACGUAAAAGUUGUGAGACGGAAAGCUUUGACAGCCGGAGUCUCGACCGUAAGUGCUUUACGUUCCCGCGCAGGCGGCGACGAAAGGUAUUAAAUAAAAGGUAUAGAAAAAGAGACUGGUCUCUUACAAGCUUAGACUCAGUUACCACGACACAUAUACCACCAUUAAGAGUCAAAGAUUUUCCUGAUAAAUCUUCAGCAAAUGAUACAACGAGUAUGGACGGAGACAUCAGUAGUAUUGUAUCCACACCUAGCAAGAAAAACGAUAAAUUACUAUUGCAUGAAAUUGAUGAAUUUUUGACUAAAGUGGAGUCAUAUGAAAUACCUGAUUCUAAAAUAAAAAAUGAAACAUCUCUUAGCCCAGAGAAUGUUAUCAGAGCUACAGGGGAUUAUAUGACAAAAAAGAUGGACCCGAAAAUGGGUGUUGAUGAUAUAAAACUCCCAAGUGGUAGAAUUGUAUCCAGUAACAUAUUAGAUAAAUAUAUAUACCUGGUUAAAAAUAAUACUGAAGCAACUGAUAACCCAACCUCAAGCAAUGUUAGAUCACAGUAUGUUGCAGGCGCAAAUGAAAAGUUGGCAUCAGAAAGCCAGAAGUGCAGUUCCUUGAAAAAUGAAACAAAAUCUCCUUCAAGCAGAAAAUUAAAUUUCAUGGAUUCUAAAGAGAUCCAAGUUACAUCAACUCCAAAGAAACCUCAACCUUACUCAGAUACAUUCCGUCCUUCUAGUAAUAAAAUCUAUGAUAGAGCCUCAAAGGUUUUGGAGCAAUAUAAGUCUAAAAACUUUGGAAGUAAUUCUCAAAAUUCUAUGGCAGAUACAAGUCACUCCCUGUCUCCUAAAAAAGAUGAGUUUAAGAUGCCACAAAUGAGACCUUUUCCAGAAGGUAAAGAUGGUUUUAAAUUGAGUGAAUUUCGCAAUAAGUACAUUGACACUAUAGAUACAGAUUUGUUGAGCUUAAGUGAGAUGUGGGGUGAAAAAAGAGACAAGGGGGACAGGAUGGAAAAUGCAAAGUUAGAAGAAGAAAAACUUAAAAGAGAGCAUUGUGAAGCCAUAAUCCAACAAUUACAAAAGAAAAUCCUGGAACAGCAAGAGAAGCUGGCAGUUGCUGUCAAAGUAGAUCACAGUAAGGACCAGGCCAUAUCCAAGCUCAGGGAGGCUUGGCUGAAGCUCACUAGUAGCCUGGACCGGGCAGAGGAGCGCCACAAGGCUGCAUUGGACAAGAUGAUGCGGGAGGUUGACAACUUUAAAGCUGUUGCUGAUGAAGCACAGAAGAAAACUAGCCAUUUCGAAUCCGAGCUGUACAAAGCCCUAGACUUAGCCCAUGAUUACCAAGACAAGUGUAAGCAACUCAACCUGGAAAUGAAGCAGGUCAGGGCCAGUACUGAGAGUGCGCUGGCUAGCAAAGACCAGGUUUUAGCAAGCAAGGACAAGGAAAUACAGGCCUUGAAGGAAAACUAUGAGACAGUCAUGCGAUUGAAUAAACAGUCAACAGAUUGUGUAAAGAACCUGGAAGAUGUGUUGGAAAAGGAAAAAUCGGAACACAGCGAAACAAAGCAAAAACUAGACGAGCUGUCCCGACGGCUGCAGUCCAUCGACGAAGAAACGGCUCUCGUACAUCAGGAGAAGGAGCUUCUGAGGACCAAGCUCAACGAGGAGCGCGGCCGCGCGGCCGUCCUGGAGCGGCAGCUGGCCGACAAACAGGACCAAUGUAGCGACCUGCUCAAUAAAUGCGACUAUCUCGAUGCUGAAGUGAAGUCCCUGCGGAAACAGUUGGAACUCCAGAAAAACGAGCUAAAGAGUCACUACCAGAAGCAGUUAGAGGACGCCGUUCUGGCCAAGCUGCAGGAGUUCCAGCAGCAGCUAGAACAUGCUGAGCGGGACCUGGAGAGUGACGCGAGAGGCAAAGAAAGCGCCAUGUUGGAAACAUUCAAUAGACAGGUGGCCAGGAUCGAGGAGCAACACAAAUUGGAGAUAAACGUUUUGGAAGAGAAACAAAAAGAAGAGAUUAAAUUAUAUCGACUACAGCUGGCCCAGGCCAGCGAAAAAAUAGGCUUAUUAGAGAGUAAGCUGGAGUCCCACCGGCGGCGGCGCGGGCAGAUCGCGACGCAACUGCACGGCGUGAUGCAGCAGCAGUGGAGGCAGGCCGUGCGCAUCCUCACCAGCGGCCAGGAGACGCAGGACCACACCAGGGACUCUGGCUCGGCGUCGACGCCGGCGCCCGACUUCGCGGGCAAGGUGCCGCCGCUGUCGCUGCCGCCGCGCCGCGACCGCGACCCCCUGAACUUCGACGGACUCUCCGACCACGAGCUUCAACAUUAUGUUAAACUGCUGCUGACGAAGCCCCCGGCGCUGGACAGCACGGACGCGCGCUCGGCGUCGCCGCCCGAGGAGCCCACGAGCGACCGGCCCGGGCGCCGCGCGCGCCGCGCCCUCAACCACAGCGGGCCCAAGCCGCCCUGGAAGGCCUGACCCGGACCGAGGCGGAUACGGCUUCUUUAACGGCCAGUGGAUGUCUCUCUUCGCAUUUUGAACUUUAUCUCCUUUGAUAGAGAUCAGAACUUAUGGAAACGUUGACACCCGUUUGCGCGAUUGCGUAGUACUUUAUGCAAUACUGAUAAAAUUGACAAGGUGAGUCAGAAACUCGUUGUUAUACGAACGAUUAUGUGACUCGUGUACAAUUUUAUUAUAAAAACACAGUAUUUUUCAUCACAUUUGCGAGGAAAUAAAUAGCUACAAGUUAAGCAAAAAUGUGAGUAAUAAUAAAAUGUCCGUCAUACAUAGGUAUAGAAAAUAAGCGGUUUUCAAGCAAAAGGUAAUUUAGUUGCGAAUACUGCGUCAAGGUGUAGGAGUACCCGUAUCGACAAAGCAUGGAAUAUGAGCAAGAGUAAUGGCUGAUGACAGAAGUAUUUAUUUACUCAAUCUUGCAGUUACAGUGAUGCUCUUAAAGUGAGUAUGAAGUGGCUUGUUGUUUCUUUGUAGGACAAAGAUCGAUUAAAGAAAAUGUUAUAAGAGUGAAAGAAUAUUGUUGGAAGAGUCUAUUAGUUUUUUUUUUUUGUAAUAGCGGGUUUCGAUGUGGGUUUUCAAUGAAUUUGUUUUACACCAGCAAUAUAAGGAACUAUUUUUUAUAUUAUUUAUGAUUUAUAAUAUUUAUUUAAGACGUACUUAUGAGUCGAUAGAAGCAUAGAACUUUUAUUUUAUCCUUCGGCGUAAGUAUAUUAGGAACUUACUUCGUUUUUUUACCAUUAAAAAGAACUCCAGAAGUUAUAAUGAGUAUUUUUAUUGACUACUUUUUAUGAUUGCUCAUAAUUAAGCCUACUGUAAAAUUGUACCACAUUAAAGUCCCUGAUUUAAAAAUUAAAACCACAUGCUUUACAUCUUGCACUUCUCCCGACUUCAUUCUUAUUCUAAAAAAAAUAUUGUAGCAAUUUCAUAAACCUUACAAGCCUCAAUUAGUUAAUUUAUGUUCUAUCAGCGAACGAAAAAAACAUAGAAGACUAAAGUCAAACAAAAUGUCAGCGUAAAAGUGGCCCCACUAUUAAAAGACGCAAUACUAAUAAAAUAACGGACCAAUUGCAACUCGUCAAAGUUCAGGUCUUGUUUUUAGAGUUGUGCCCGCUCGGUCUUUAAAAAGAGCGCUCCGAUCUCGGUCAAUCGGUCAAACGAACUAGUUCGCUCUUUUAGGUCCUUUAGUUCCUUUAGUUCAGGAGCAAAUCUCGAGAUCUGAAUGUGUAUGACUAGGUUAUAUCUUGCUCUCGCUCGCAAAUAAACAGAGCGAGAGCGUGAGAGAGCGAAUUUCUUGACCUUGACUCAUUCCGAUCAUUCGCUCCCGACCGAUUUGUUACUUGGUACUGAGGGCGAACCACGUUCGACGUGUUGCCUCUCUGUCGCACUUGUAAAUUCGUACGUAAGUGUGACAGGGAGGCAACCCGUCGAACGUGGUUCGCGGUAGGCCCGCUGACAUACCGACUACUGAACUAAAGGACCGAGACCGAUUAAGAGCGCUUAAGAUGAACUAGUUCCUUUCGGUCUGUGGUGGGAUUUCAUUCCUUUUAGUUCUUCGGUC